CAAAUCAGAUCCAAUUUCCCAUAAAAAAAAUCAGAUCCAAUUCCACACGAGAAUACAUACCAGAGUUGAGGGCUUGAAGCGCUCGGAGUGAAGGGAGAAGAAGAGCGGCGGCGGCGAUGGAGGGGUGGGACAAGGGGACGAAGAGCGUGGUGGGCGAGAUCCCGCUGCUGUCGACGCGGGCGGGGCCCCGGGACGGCGAGGCGUGGCGGCAGCGUCUCAAGGAGGAGUACCGCGCGCUGAUCGCCUACACGUCGGUGAACAAGUCCAAGGACAACGACUGGUUCCGCAUCUCCGCCGCCAACCCCGAGGGCACCCGCUGGGAGGGCACCUGCUGGUACGUCCACAACCUCCGCCGCUACGAGUUCCCCCUCCAGUUCGACAUCCCCGUCGCCUACCCCCAGGUCGCCCCCGAGAUCGAGCUCCCCACCCUCGAUGGCAAGACCCACAAGAUGUACCGUGGCGGGAAGAUCUGCCUCACCGUGCACUUCAAGCCGCUGUGGGCGAAGAACUGCCCAAGGUUCGGGAUCGCGCACGCGCUGUGCCUCGGCCUGGCGCCGUGGCUGGCGGCGGAGGUGCCGAUUCUAGUCGAUUCGGGCAUGGUUAAGCACAAGGACGAUGAGGCGGCUCCGGCCGAUGCAGCGGCUGCUGCGUCUGGAUCUGCCGCUGCUUCGUAAUUGUAAGUCUGUGUCAUGUGGCUGUAUCAGGGUUGGAAAUCCACCCAGUUGUGAACUAAUAAGAAUAACACCUAUACAAUGUUGAUGCGCUGAUUUCUGGUUGAAGAUACAGUUAGUUGUUGACUAAUUUGGUGUGCAUGAUACAAUCGUAACAUAGAUACAGUUAAUUUGUUUAAUAUGCAUGAUACAGCUUAUGAAUUCCAUCUCC